CAGUAAAAGGAAAUUAUUAUAUGUGCUUUAAUAGCGGAAAAGUUGUAAUUAUUAUCGCGAGCCAGUCCAGACGUUCUUAAUUCCUCUUUACAAUUACGAUUUAAGUCCGUCGACUGUGUACCGCAAACUUCCAUCAUGUCCAAUCGCAAUUCGAUUAUAUAAUUUACGAUUAACGGGUAAAAUUGUCAUUUUUACUUGAGAAAUCAUUUUUAUUCUAAAGCAUGCUCGUUCGAUUUAUAAUAGGUCGACAAACGUGUGUGUGUGUGUGUGUGUGUAUGCCCGAUACUAGAGUACAGUUAAUUAGCGUCUCUGGACUGUUAUAGCAAUCGCUACUUACACAAAGUGUCAUAGGUCAAGCCGAUCAGAUUAAAUCGCGUUCGUUCGCCUGGCAAAGGCGCAGUUACAUAUGUAGUUACUUGCUCUUGGUAUUUAAACACCUCUCUCUUUUCCGUUCCGUAUCGUUUGUCACCGUAAGUUCAGCUGAACGAUAUACAUUUUCCCGUUCAUCAGAGAUCGCCUAGCAGGUAAGAAGGCAGAGAAUUCCAAGUACUUAACGAGCACAUUGUUUCAAGGUACACGAUAAUGGCGCGAACGAACGUGAAGAGGCGUCAAACGGGCGACUUGGUACGGCUCGAAUCGCUCGAAUCGGUAGCUAGAAUAACCAGCCUGCCUAUCGUCGAGCACAGUAUGCAUAUUGCUGGCAAUGUGUACGAUAAAUUGAAAAAAUCGAAUUCAUUGAUGAACUGGAGCCUGUGCACCGCGGAACAAUCGUUCGCUAUCGCCACGGCAAAAUUGUCCACGAGACCUGUCGUUUACGUAUUGAACGGACCGAUAAUGACUAUAGAUCAGUUGCUCUGCAAGGGAAUCGACAUCGUAGAGCAACGGGUGCCCUCGGUGCACUUGCCCCCGUAUUUGAUGUACUACAACGCGAGGGAGUACGUUGAUAAGAAGAUAGUGAGACCAGUUUUAAUGAGGGCUGGUAGCGUCAAGGACAUAGGUAGCCAAGCUGCCAGCGUAGCCGCUGAUACUUUAGACGGGGCAUUGACUGUCGCGGAUAAAUACGUGGAUCGUUAUUUGCCUGCCGAUCCGACCGACAAAAUGACCGAUGAAGUACAACUUCCAGCAGAAUCCGGAAAAAUCAGCAAAGCAACCAGGACCAUCAAGCAUGGAGCCAGACUGUCGAGGAAAUUGCAGAAACGAUUGACUCGUCGCACUCUGGCCGAGGCUAGGGCCUUGAAGCAACAAGGGACCGAGUGUAUCCACGUUCUCCUUUACGUCGUCGAACUGUUAGCUACGGAUCCGAAGUUAGCGUAUCAGAAGGCGAAAGAGCUGUGGGCCAGCUUGAGCCUGCCGGAACCGGAGAACCAGGCCAGACCCCAGACUCUGGAACAAUUAAUGGUUCUAUUGACACGAGAGUCUGCUCGGCGCGUCGUUCAUCUCGUGAACAGAACGACGGUGCUCGCGGCCAAAACCCCGAAGAACCUGGGAAUCGUUCUGACGAAAGUCUCUCAUCAACUGAUGGAGAUCGCCCAUUCCACUUUCAAAAUGAUUCCGCUCAUCGGGAAGGAAGAUGUCUAUACAGGAAUAUCGAUGUUACGUAUGUCUUUAGAGAGGUUCAAUUCCACUACCAAUCACUUAUUGGAACAGCUCGCCGGAUUUUUGGCCGGUCGUCCCAGCAGCGCUUCGAAAGCGCCUCGCGUCCAGGCUCGCCGUCAGAAUAACCAUUUGAUGGGCUCGAAUUCAAACAAUCCAUCGAUCAACGGCGGUGACAUCGAUUGAACAGUAUAUCUUUUACUUUAGAAUUAGCACGAUCGAUGUUAACGUUUUUCUCUUCUCGAUUAAAUAAAAUAUUAUUCUCUCGA